CCGUCGAGGACGAAAGUUUCCCAAGGAGCUGACAAGAAAUGAAUUUCCGUAAAAAGCGUAAACAUGUAUAGAUGUUUGGGUUUUAACUGAUCUUCAUUUUUUGCACUUCGAAAAAACUCCUCGUUAAGUGUCAAGCACCGCCUCUGACAAACCUAUUUACAAGAUUUAUACUGCCUUUCCCGACAAUGAGUUGGUGUAGAGGAAGAAGGACGUUUUCAUCGAGACCACCGCUUCAAAAAUGUCUGAUCUUGUGCUGUCGUAUUUUGGUGAUAUCACUGUUGGUUGGUUGCGGUUUAAUUUUGAGAGCAGCAGCCGACGGCUUGGAAUUGACAGACGGAUCAGUUUUCCAAUCAAGACAUCUGCUAUCAAGUGUCGAGUGGGAAACUUGCAACUUUGAAAUCGGUCAUUCGAGAAAUUAUUCAGCUCGGGAAACAUGGUGGGCUCCCGAUGAAGCAUAUGGCUGGCUGGCGUUGCAUAUAUUUAGUGUUCUUGUCAUUUUUGUAGCGCUUGCUAUCGUUUGCGAUGACUUUUUUGUGCCAUCCCUUGAGGCAAUAUCUGAGAAACUGGAUCUUUCAGAGGAUGUGGCAGGUGCAACCUUCAUGGCUGCAGGUUCUUCUGCUCCGGAGCUAUUCACCUCUGUCGCGGGAGUAACCGUAGAGAGCGAUGUCGGAAUCGGAACAAUAGUAGGGAGUGCGGUAUUCAACCUUCUUGUAAUCAUUGCUCUGACUGCGGCCUUGGCAGGACAGGUUCUUCAGCUAGACUGGAGACCGCUUAUAAGAGACUCUAUCUGCUACGCCCUAUCACUCGGAUUCUUUUCUUGGUUUGCAUGGGAUGGCAAGUUCGAGCUAUAUGAGUCCAUCAUUCUCCUCGGUCUGUACUUUCUCUACAUCGUUUUGAUGAAGUUCAACACCAGGCUUAUGGAUCUCAUGGGUGGGGCAAAAAUGUUCCCAAAGGACGAAGAGCUUCCAUUGGCUUCCCAUACACUGCACAAGGGAGGACAAGUCAGUCCACAAAAUACAGAAGUAACACAGUUUGUGAGUAGUGAUAUCGAUGUGCAGUCAGACCACAACGCACAGAGCUCGUCUGUUGCUAUUUUUCAAGGGCGGCAAGGAGUACCUGCAGGAAAGCUGCCUCCCAUUAGAUCGGUGGAAAGUAACGCAGAUGAGGGUACAAACUCGAAGGUGGUUUUAACGGCUAAUCUAAGUGAUCAAAGGAGAUUUUCACACGCCAACAAAGGACAAGUCUCUAGAUCAUUUAUUAAUCUAUCCCUGGGACGCAGCCAUCACUCGACGCUUCCUGUUAAGCCUCGGCUUUCAGUAUCGUUUCCGGGACUAAGAGAACUUUAUGACAAUCCUAAGGCACAUCGAAGGAGUUCUGCUGGAGUCGUUGCUCCAGGAGAGAAAAUCAGACUUAAAUCAGUAGCACAGAAACAAGUGAUGAAAGAGUACAGACGCCGUUCAGAGAUGGCUGUGAGCCAGCAGCCUACAGUCUCUGUUGUUCACGUGGACGCCAACGGAAACGCCCACACGGUACCUAUAGAUGAUGACUCAGAGGCAAAAUCUGGCGUGGACUCCAAGACUCAAGUCCGAACGGACGAGGAGAAGGAAGUAAAAAUGAAAAUUUGUCCAUGUUUACCUGCAGUAUCUGCAGAGUUCCCUGAGUACCCCGAGGAAAGAGGUGUUUUGGCCCCAUUUAAGUACUUCAUAGGAUGGGUGUUAUUUGUUGUGAGCUUUCCUUUCAUCUGUAUGUUUACGUGGACCAUACCCGACUGUAGUAAGCCACACAAUCGCAAAUACUUCCUAGCAUCUUUCACGAUGUCUAUCAUUUGGAUAGCUAUUUUAAGCUUUGGCAUGGUGACUUUGGUUGGACGAUCUGGGUGCAUCUUAAGCGUGGACAAAUUUACAAUGGGGUUAGUGGUCAUAGCUAUUGGCACUAGUAUCCCGGAUGCGUUAAGUUCCAUAAUUGUCGCACGGGAUGGUUUUGGAGAUAUGGCCGUUUCAAACGCCAUUGGAUCGAACGUUUUUGACAUCAACCUUGGUAUUGGCUUACCAUUUGUUAUCAGGAUCAUGAUUGAUAACUUUCAACCUAUCCGACUACUAACACCAAAGGAAGAGAAAAUGCUAUCUUCAGGAAGUCUUGUGAUGGUACCACACGUCAAAUUUGGUUUCAUUUUGCUUCUCAUAUUGAUCAUAGCCCUUGGGAUUUUCGCCAGCGUGCGGUUUAAAUUGAACAGAAAAAUCGGUAUUUCAUUUUUAACAAUGUAUAUCGCAUUCGUCAUCUACGCUUACGUUCAAGAUAUGCUAUGUGAUUACGACUGCUGAUUUAAAAAAAGGACCAGCUACCCAUUUAAAAUGACAUUGUUACCU